UUUAUCCUGUCAUCACAUUAAAAUUGUAGAUAAGGAUUCACAACUCCAUUUCCCACACAAUAAACUAUAAUUAAUUAAUCUUUAUUAAAACAUAAUUUUUUUGUCACUGUCGUUUCCACGUCAGCAUAAACCUCUUUCUUCCUCGUUAUUUCUCCGCCGGCGAUAACAUUAUCAUUUCUCUCUCUUUCUCUCUCCAAAAAAAAAAAAAAAACUGUAACCACUCAGACAACAUAGGCAGCGUGAAACCCGUUCCUCGUAUUCCUCUUUCUUUUGUCUCUGUCCCUCGUGAAUUCGUUUGUUGUUGUUUUUUCUGGUCUCGAUCGGCAGAAAAUGGAUGUUAUGGUGGGUCCCUCUUUCUCCAUCGACGUUCCGUCAUCACCUCCGUUCACAGGUAACCGUCCGACCGGUAACGUGUUUUUCUCCGGCGACUCGUCGGGAAGCUCGUCCUCGAUCGGAACACCAGAUGACAGCGACAUAGAAAACGAGAAUGUUUCUCCGAAGAGAAACCGUGAAGACGAUGAAGAAGUUCAGAGCAAGUUCAAAGGUUUGAACUCUCUUGAUUCAUUAGAAGAUUCUCUUCCAACAAAGAAGGGAUUAUCGAAUCAUUUUAUUGGAAAAUCAAAAUCGUUUUCGGAUCUAUCUCAAGUGACAAAUGUGGAUGAACUGAAAAAGCAAGAGAAUCCAUUCAACAAGAGGAGAAGGGUUUUGAUUGCAUCUAAGUUAUCAAGAAAAUCUUUUUAUUCUUGUUUCAAUCCAAAAUCAAUGCCCCUUUUGCGUGUGGAUGAGGAUGAAGAUGAUGAAGAUGAUGAAGAAGAUCAAGGAGUGGAUAAAGAAGUUGGAGCAAAAGAGUCACCAUCAUCUUCAUGUUCUUCAAUGGAGGAAAAGAAGAAUGUACAAAAAGAUGAAGUGAUGAUGAGACAAUUUGAGAAUAGAAUGCCUCAAUCUUAUGCUAGUCAUAUGAGGCUUAGGUUAGGGAGCUUUAAGUCUAGGAGCUUUUCUCUUGCGGAUCUACAAGAACAUGAUGGGGUGGAGGAAGAUGCAGAUGAUGAUGAUGUUGAUGAUGAACAGCAUUUGGAUUAAAAGUAGUAAAAGUUAUUAGUACUGAGCUUUUAAUUUAAUUUUUUGUACAGAUGGAGUUUUAACCCUUUUAUGUUAUUAUGUCAUAUGAAUUGGGUGAUAGGAACUCAAAUUUUCAUUGGA